GCCGCCAUAUGGGGCGCCGCCCCCCUCCCCCGUUUACUUUCCCUUUAAUACAUGACGUAAUCGUGUUCAACCAGUGCUCUAAUUUGUGUCACAGCUCCGCUGGAAGAAGCGGGGCUAUUGUGGGAACGGGGACGUCGGCGCUUGGUUGUCGGGCCAGAAAAUGGAGUUUUUGAUAGGCAAUCCAUUCAGCACACCGGUCGGACAGCGAAUAGAGCAUGCAACCAGCUCCAGUCUCCCUGCAGAAGACUGGGCCCUAAACAUGGAGAUCUGUGACAUUAUCAACAGCUCGGAGGAAGGACCAAAAGAUGCCGUCAGAGCGAUUAAAAAGAGAGUUGUUGGGAACAAGAACUUCAAGGAGGUUAUGCUGGCGCUGACUGUCCUGGAGGUCUGUGUUAAGAACUGUGGCUUUAGAUUCCAUAUUUUGGUGUCCACCCGUGAGUUUAUAGAGGGGGUGUUGGUGCGAGCAAUUAUACCGAGGAACAACCCUCCUUUGGUCCUGCAUGACAGAGUGCUUAGCAUCAUACAAGCGUGGGCUGAUGCAUUCCGCAGCUCACCUGAUCUGACAGGUGUGGUGUCUGUGUACGAAGACCUGCGAAGGAAGGGGCUGGAGUUCCCCAUGACUGAACUAGAUGCCUGCUCACCCAUCCACACACCAAACACGGUGAAGAAGCUGAAGGCAGACCUGGGAUUGGUGCAAAGCAAUCUCACCUUGAUGUCAGACAUGAUGAGUCAGCUAGAUCCAGUCACAGCCAAGCAUACAGACAUUGAGUUGCUUCAGCAGUUGUACAUGGUUUGCAAGGAAAUGCAAGACAGGAUAGUGGAGCUUGUCCCCAGACUCAAUGAAGAGAAGCUGAUUGAGGAGUUACUGUUUGCCAAUGAUGAAAUGAACACCACUUUCACUCGCUACCAGAGGUUUGAAAGACACAUGACUAAUAAUAAAAACACAACCGAAAAGAGCCCCACGUAUGUCAACAUAACUGACAUUAAACUUGGAAUGAAGCCUGACAACCUGUCAGGGACUGCAGCACUUUCCACCAACAGCUGUCUCACCCAAUCAACAGUUGAAAGUGUGUCGAGUCAAAUGGCAAGACUAAAUACAAGUGGAACUGUUCACAUGGAUAGAUUUGCACAAAGAACAAACACCUCACUAACCCACCAUAGACAGAGUGAGCAGAGUGAAGGUGUUGUGGAUAACCUGGCUCGAGCUUCGCACACCAGGCUACAAGAAACUGGAAGGAUUCCUGUCAGCCAGUCUACUAUAAUGGAUGAUAUUGAGAAGUGGCUGGCAGUGGAUGAUGAGGAUGACGACUUUGGGGAUUCAGAUGGUGUAACCAGUGAAGAGUUUGAUAGGUUUCUGGCAGGAAGAGCAAAAGCAGCAGAACGACUGCCGUCACUGAAAGCCUCUUGCUCAGACGCCAGCAACAACCAGCCCUAGAGGUCACCGUCCUCUUUCCUCUAUUUACAUCCUCUGUACUGGAGAAGAUCCUGCUCCAUAGACUGAGAUGGAGGGAGAUCUCGUAUAACCCGAAUAACACGCGCUGCAAGCCUCUGACAUGAAAAUGGGGAUUGGCUGCCCUUAUUUUGAGAGAAGAUACCUUUUGAGGUUGACCACUCAAAGAAUGGUUUUACAUUAUUGUAUCUAUUUAUAUGUAGAAUAAGUUAUUUGGGACCAAUGCUACUUGAUAAAGUACAUUCGUUCUUUCCCUAACACUAUUAUGAGGGUCUUUCCAUGUAGGGAAUGCAAAUAUUUGCACAUUUUCUAUGGUUUUAUUCCUGCUGUCGGAAGAAGUGGUGGAGAAUAUUGUUACAAAAAAAAGCUUCUGUAUUGCGCUGAUAAAUCUCAAAUACGGCAGGUGACAUAAAACACGGUGCGCAUCAUGAACAGAGUCGUUAACUGGAAAUAUUUAUGUGAGAGAGGCACAGCUGUUGAAGGUGCUGUGUAAUAUUGCAGCUUAAAAUGACGUGUAAAUAACAGUAACAGCUGCUGAGUUGUGCGGAUUAUGACAAAAUAAACAGUUUACCCACCACACACACACACACACACACACACCUGCUGUGUAUCUGCUGCCAUUCUGUUUGAACUGGUUUGUGGGUCUUGCUUUGAUUUGUUGUCCACGAUGCUGAAAGGUAAAGGUCUGGAUUCGUACUGCAUUACACAUAGCACCUCUGAACGGCGAAAGGAUUUGAUACUCAUCUCUAGCAAAGUCACUGAAAACUGGGAUCUUAACUGAAAACUGUAUACGAAAAAAAAAAAUUUCAUCUUAACAUGAAGAGUCUGUAACAGGUCUUACAAAAUAUAGCGAUAGACUACUGCUGUAAUAAAAC